AUGGGUAGUGAAUCGGUGUUGAUUACGGGCGCCAAUCGUGGCAUUGGUCUCGGAUUAGUGACCGCACUGUUGGCCAAAACAAACGGUGCGCCAAAGCACGUGAUCGCCACUACACGACAGACCACUAAUCCAGCGUUGGAUGAGCUCCGGGACCGACACUCAAACCUACAUGUCCUACAACUGGACGGCGCCGGUCGAGGGUCUAUUGGAUUUUUACAUCAAAGACAAAUCACUACAAAUAAGCCAAUUGCCUAUCCGUACUUUGUAAGCAAAACAGCGUUGAACAUGAUCAAUAAAUGUUUGGAUGUUGACCUAUCUCCAUAUGGCAUACGGUCGGUGGCUAUUCACCCUGGUUAUGUUGCCACAGAUAUGAAUGGAUAUACUGGGGCGCUUACAACAGAGCAAAGUGUGAGCAUGGUGCUUCGUACGGAAAAUAGCGUGGCCGACAGUGAUUAUGGCAAGUUGCUAAAUUACGAUGGUGCUGUAAUGCCAUUUUAUUUUGAGUCGGCAUUGAUUACGGGCGCCAAUCGUGGCAUUGGUCUGGAAUUAGUGCGACAACUGUUGGCCAACACCGGCACCGAUGGCGGGCCCACACAUGUGAUCGCCACUACACGACAGGCCACUAAUACGGCGUUGGAUGAGCUAAGGGACCGACACCUAAUCGCACGGAUCGUAUUUACUAGAACUCUAGUUCCGACACAAACACAACCUCCCGGUGCCGGGCAUGAAGUGAACAGUAAAAUACAUGCCAUGUCUAACCAGUUUGAGACCCGUUUCUGGCCAAACGCGGGUGUCGUCGGUAAGGGUGGUCCACAUAUGGCAACACAAACUGCGGGCGCCAUACCGUACGGGCCAUACAGCUCUUGCUGGCCGUGUAAUCAACCGAUCGCAUCGCAACCCAUUACUCGCGCGACACAAGUACCGGAUCAGCAGGACUUGCAGUCCGGGCCACACAUUACUGAUAUAUGGGUUGAACAGUAA